CUGUUCCAGCCUCCUUGCACAUGCUCCUUGGAUAUGCAUUUUCAUCCGCUGACUGUUUUGGUGAACAGAAAACAAGAAGGCAAAUCGGAGGAGCAAGUGAAAGGGUGUCAGUAGGAUGUUCGGCCCAGCCCAGGAGGAGGAAGAGUUCCCCAUUAAUCACACAGGUCCAAAGGGAGUAAUAAAUGACUGGCGCAAGUUUAAACUGGAUAGCAUGGAUCAUACUCUUCCUCAGAGUAAGAGAGAGCUGAUGCGGCAGAUGUCGAGAGAGGAUGAUAAGGAGAGGCUGACAAGGAAGAUGAGUGCCCAGGAGUACGAGCUGGUCCAGGAUGAGGACGAGCAAUGCCUGAAACGCUACAGGAAACACUGUAUGCAAGAACUGCAUGAACACCUGAGCCAAAGCCCAAGGUUUGGCAAUAUCUAUGAGCUAGACAGCGGUGAAGCCUUCCUGCAGGUCAUUGAGAAGGAACAUCGUCUGACGACAUUGGUGGUUCACAUCUACCAGACUCAUGUCAAAGGCUGUGAACAAAUGAAUUCCUGUCUGGAAUGCCUUGCGUCAGAAUACCCGAGUGUCAAAUUCUGUCGAAUCGAUGCUGUGGCAACAGGACAUUCAGAGCGCUUUUCAUCGGAGGUUCUUCCUGCUGUGCUGGUGUACAAGGCUGGUGAGCUGCUUGGUAAUUUCAUGGCCAUCACGAAACACUUCAGUGAUGAUUUCUUUGCACCUGACGUGGAGGCCCUUCUCAAUGAAUAUGGUCUCCUGCCCAAGAAGUUCACAGAGAGUGGCUUUGGUGACCCUGAAGAUGGAGACGUGGAAUAGCCAGUAAUCAUACUACACAGUAGUGCUUUCAAAAUAAUAUUAAAAUACAUCAUUAAAUCAAUAA